CAACCCAAAAACACCACAGAAUCCCAUCGCAGAAUUCUACGCCAUUCAAAAUGAAGGCAGUAAUAGCCGUCCCUAUUACCAUGGCCAUGGUCUACAGAUCAUGGUCCCAUAAAUCCCUUACACCAGCCGGAAUCGUCGCAGCAGUUUUCGCAGCCGUUGCCCACGCAGUGCAUCCGUGGAAUCUGCCAUUUGCGCUUCUGAUCAUCUUUUUUCUUGCUGGCACAAGAGUCACGAAGGUAUGGGGUCGCAUGGAUUGGGCGCAUGGAUUGGGCGCAUGGAUUGGACUAAUAUCUUUCAGGUGAAGCAUGAUAUCAAGGCCAAACUUACCAUGCAGGCCUCUGGGAAUGCGGGCGGGGAGGGAGCUAGGACACAUAUUCAAGGUAAAUAUCCUGUCGCAUGCAAUAUGUGCAUUGUGUUAGGAAUCAUUUUCUAAUUUGGUGUCUGCUACCUAUAGUUCUUGCAAAUUCCGGAGUCGCAUCCGUCCUCACCCUCCUCCACGCCUACCAACUCCGUCAACGCGAACUAAACCACGUACCUACGGAAGCAUGCUACUCAUGGCAAGGGGAUCUCUUGGUCGUGGGAAUAAUCGCGAAUUAUGUCGCGGUAGCUGCGGAUACAUUUAGUUCCGAACUGGGGAUUCUCUCAAAGAGUAAACCACGCCUUAUUACAUCACUCACACUACGACAGGUGCCUCCAGGAACAAAUGGGGGCGUAACGCUUGGGGGCCUUGCUGCGGGGCUACUUGGGUCUCUUGUUAUUGUCACUGCUUCUGUUGCGCUCAUUCCCUUUUGUCCGCCUUCUAUGCCUACGUACGGAUGGAAUUUGAUGAAGAGACAGAGAUUCUCUUUUGCUAUGAUUAUAUGGGGGGCUUUGGGAAGUUUACUGGACAGCUUCCUAGGUGGAUGGUUUCAGAGAAGUGUGGUCGAUACGAGAACUGGACGUAUCGUUGAGGGAGAGGGGGGAAAGACUGUCUUGGUUUCCAAAUCUGGUCCGAGCAGCAUGCAUUACAAAAAAAGAGCAGAAGUGAAGAGAACUCUUCUUCACGGAGAGGGGAUGAACUCCGUUCCAACACAAACUAUUGAAGAAGAUCUGGAUAAAAAGAUGGGAGACCCGGAUCGAUAUGAUGCCUCCAAGAAAUGGCGAGAACCAACUUUUGGCGACGAGAAACCAAGUCGGGUUGUUGAGAGUGGUCUUUUUGGGAUACUUGACAACAAUGAAGUCAAUUUUCUCAUGGCCUUGACAAUGAGCCUUGGUGCCAUGGGGAUAGCAAGUUGGUUUUGGGAGGUUCCCAUGAGUAGUAUAUUACCAGUGUAA